UUAGUUUCUUCUCUUUUUCGUCGGGUAGCUAACCCAGUGAAUGGGACAAGGCGGUUAACCGUGAAAUGAAAGCUCCUAGUUACUUUGUGGGGUUUUUCUCCAAAGAGGAUUUGACACAUCAUGCAUCCACACACAGACCAUUCACACAUACACAGACCACUCACACAUACACAGACCACUCACACACACACAGACCAUUCACACAUACACAGACCACUCACACAUACACAGACCACUCACACACACACAGACCAUUCACACAUACACAGACCACUCACACAUACACAGACCACUCACACACACACAGACCACUCACACAUACACAGACCACUCACACACACACAGACCACUCACACAUACACAGACCACUCACACAUACACAGACCACUCACACACACACAGACCAUUCACACAUACACAGACCACUCACACAUACACAGACCACUCACACACACACAGACCAUUCACACAUACACAGACCACUCACACAUACACAGACCACUCACACACACACAGACCACUCACACAUACACAGACCACUCACACACACACAGACCACUCACACAUACACAGACCACUCACACAUACACAGACCACUCACACACACACAGACCAUUCACACAUACACAGACCACUCACACAUACACAGACCACUCACACACACACAGACCACUCACACAUACACAGACCACUCACACACACACAGACCAUUCACACAUACACAGACCACUCACACAUACACAGACCACUCACACAUACACAGACCACUCACACACACACAGACCAUUCACACAUACACAGACCACUCACACAUACACAGACCACUCACACAUACACAGACCACUCACACACACACAGACCACUCACACAUACACAGACCACUCACACACACACAGACCAUUCACACAUACACAGACCACUCACACAUACACAGACCACUCACACAUACACAGACCAUUCACACACACACAGACCACUCACACACACACAGACCAUUCACACACACACAGACCACUCACACACACACACAGACCACUCACACAUACACAGACCAUUCACACACACACAGACCACUCACACACACACAGACCACUCACGCAUACACAGACCAAUCACGCAUACACAGACCACUCACACAUACACAGACCACUCACACACAUACAGACCACUCACACACACAUAGACCACUCACACAUACACAGACCAUUCACACACACACACACAGACCACUCACACAUACACAGACCACUCACACACACACAGACCACUCACACAUACACAGACCAUUCACACACACACAGACCACUCACACACACACAGACCACUCACGCAUACACAGACCAAUCACGCAUACACAGACCACUCACACAUACACAGACCACUCACACAUACACAGACCACUCACGCAUACACAGACCACUCACACAUACACAGACCACUCACACACACACAGACCACUCACACAUACACAGACCACUCACACAUACACAGACCACUCACACAUACACAGACCACUCACGCAUACACAGACCACUCACUCAUACACAGACCACUCACACACACACAGACCACUCACACAUACACAGACCACUCACACAUACACAGACCACUCACACAUACACAGACCACUCACACACACACAGACCAUUCACACACACACAGACCACUCACACACACACAGACCACUCACGCAUACACAGACCAAUCACGCAUACACAGACCACUCACACAUACACAGACCACUCACACAUACACAGACCACUCACACAUACACAGACCACUCACACAUACACAGACCACUCACACAUACACAGACCACUCACGCAUACACAGACCACUCACACAUACACAGACCACUCACACAUACACAGACCACUCACACAUACACAGACCACUCACGCAUACACAGACCACUCACGCAUACACAGACCACUCACUCAUACACAGACCACUCACACAUACACAGACCACUCACACAUACACAGACCACUCACACAUACACAGACCAAUCACACAUACACAGACCAAUCACACACACACAGACCACUCAUACAUACACAGACCAAUCACACACACACAGACCACUCAUACAUACACAGACCAAUCACACAUACACAGACCAAUCACACACACACACAGACCAAUCACACAUACACAGUACAGAAAGAUCUAAUUAGAGCCGUUAGAUCAAUGUAUAGGCAUUGAUUUCUGACAAAGCAGAUCUAUUGAAUACGUUUUUAUAUUCUAUAUGUAUUUUCUAUGUUGAAUUAGAGUGACUGAACACUGUAUGUCCAAGCAUCCAGUGGGAAUUAGAUGUAUAGAUCCUCUCCCUUCAUUUCUGCAACAGCAGUUCUAUUGAGUCCAUGUAUAGUGUGUUCUGUAUGUGUUCUAUGUCUGAGAAAUGCCCCUGGCUGGUAAGCAAAUCUAUGAAUACAUUUCUAUAUUAUUCAGCUAUGUAUUUUAUGGGGAAAAUUCCCUUGCUAAAUUUGGUGGGAGACGUUUAUUAUAGACAAAAAAAUACAAGGGUUUUAUUAAGCAAAUAGAUGUCACGCUCUUCUCAGUAGAAAUGAAGAAAGUGUAACGUGGAUCGUUCUGACAUGAUUGAAACCAGGCAGUCAGCCGUGAAAACCAUGUCUCAGUUCGGAGAUGCUCCAUCCCAUUAAAGGGCUUGACUAAAUCCUCCGUCUCAGAUGAUUUUCUACUUACGUCUUCGUCAGGUGCUUGAUACAAUGUUUGCGUCACGUGUUUCGAUACAGUUGACAUUUUUGUCUUUUAGCAAACACUCUUAACCAGAGAGACUAACAGGAGAAAUUAGGGUUAAGUGCCUUGCUCAAAGGUACCUGGCCAGAUUUUUCACCAAGUCGGCUCGGGGAUUCGAACCAGUGACCUUUCGUUUACUGGCCCAGCUCUCUAACCAUUAGGCUCACUGUAUCCUGUAUUAGUAAACUGAAGAUAAUUUGCAGACAGAAGCUUCACUGUCAGAUAUGUUAGAAAUAUAUAUAUAUCCAGUGUAGACAGUUGAUCUGAAGAUUUGCAGGAAAGAAGUAGUGCCAGAUAAUAAUCUGAUUGGUUAGCUGCUAGGUUAAAGAAGUAAUAACACAGCAUAUGAAGCAGGUAGAACAGCCUGAUUGGUUAGCUGCUAGGUUAAAGAAGUAAUAACACAGCAUAUGAAGCAGGUAAAACAGCCUGAUUGGUUAGCUGCUAGCUAAAGAAGUAAUAACACAGCAUAUGAAGCAGGUAGAACAGCCUGAUUGGUUAGCUGCUAGGUUAAAGAAGUAAUAACAUAGCAUAUGAAGCAGGUAGAACAGCCUGAUUGGUUAGCUGCUAGCUAAAGAAGUAAUAACACAGCAUAUGAAGCAAGUAGAACAGCCUGAUUGGUUAGCUGCUAGGUAAAGAAGUAAUAACACAGCAUAUGAAGCACAUAGAACAGCCUGAUUGGUUAGCUGCUAGGUAAAGAAGUAAUAACACAGCAUAUGAAGCAAGUAGAACAGCCUGAUUGGUUAGCUGCUAGGUUAAAGAAGUAAUAACACAGCAUAUGAAGCAGGUAGAACAGCCUGAUUGGUUUGAUCUCCGUUAGAUGGGACCAUAGAGAUACAUGUGUAUGAAUAGUGUUCUAUUUAGUCCUGUGGUUGGAACAAGCAUUCGUCAACCAUACAGCUAGAUAUAGGUUAGUGUAUGUGUAAUACAGUACACUUUGCCAGUUGAUCUGAUCAUAGGAUACCAUAGGUCUAGAGUACCAGUGCUUCACUGCAUUGGCAUGACACAACACACACUGAAGGUCAUUUAUUUUAGUGUGUUUGUACCACAGGGAGCGUUUGCAUGGGGAGGUGUUGACAGGAGCGUCUAAUGCUGUAGGCAUGUUAGACUGUCACAUCAAUAUAGAGCAGCUCUCACUCUUUUUCUCUCUCUCUGUCUCUGUGUCUCUCUCCCUUUGUCCCUCCCCUCUCUCUCUC